GUUGAUUUCUAUCUAUUUCUGACAACAAUGUCUUUUCAAAAUGUCAUACAAAAGUUUAAUUUUAUUUCAGAUGAUUAAUGAUCUCUUUUUACGAUUAAAGAAAUCUAAGGUAACAAUAAUUUGAAGUUUACGUUUCUUUUUUUUUCUUAAUUUUCACACUUCGGAUCCUUUUGACCCAAUUUUAUUGUAGGCGCCUUUUUUAAUUACGCUAAUUUAUGAACUGUUAUUUAUAGAAUGUUAUUGAAAAUUUGUUUUAUUAAAGUAUAAUCAGAAGUAUUUUAAAAUGAACACUCUAUAUGACUAGAUCUUUUAUUUUUUUGUGUUUGUUUGAUAUCAAAACAGAACAUGAAUGAAGAAUGGUAUACGUUUUAUUAUUUGAUAAUGAAAUAACCCUAGUAUUUUUGACAAAAUGUUUUUCAAUAGUUGAAAUCAUGAGUCAAUUAAAGCUAGACCACCAUGGAAAAUGUGGAAGCACUGGACAGCCGUUUCAUCCCACUAUGGGACUCCUCACCAGUGCGCAUUCACGAUCCCGCCUCACGAGAUUCAAAUCCAGGACCUAACGGUCGUGUGCGCGAACAAUCAGCUUAUAGAAGAAGUGACCAGUGGAGUUCAACCGGGUCCGUUGUGAGAUAGCAACUCACUGAAGUCAAUGAUAGAUAUGUCGCUUAAUUUCGAGGAUUAGUUGAACUUAUAUAUCAACACCGUUGGAUACCAGUAGGCUCAGUGGUACAGAGGGUGAACGUUCGCGCGCGAAAACAAUACGUCUUGGAUUCGAGUCUCACGGGGCGGGGUCGUGGAUUCUCACUGCUUUUCAGUGCUUUCAGGUUUUGCAUGGUGUUCUAGCUUUGUAGUGUCAGUCAUUAUUUUAAGCCCAUAUACUUUAUUCUAACUUUCGGACUGCACAAUCUAUUCAUUCUACUUGAGUCAUAUUUUGACCUUGUCAAUUAUUCGCUUAUCAGUCUUGACUGUUUUUAUAUGAGCGUAUAUGUGUUUACACUUCAUAUCCCAUGUCUCAUCACAUGUCUGUAGUUUAUUUUGUCUGCCUAUAAAUAUUGCGUAACGCCUGGCUAGAAAUGGAGUUGGCUUCCCGGCCAUCUUCCCUGUGCGUCGUUUUGCUUUGCUCUAUUUUAUUUGCUUCAUAUAUAAAAUAUAUGUAUUCACAAGUCCAUUCUCGUUAUUGACUAACGCGAUUAAAGUUGAUGAUUAUAUACGAGGAUAGGUGACAUAUAUAUUUCAACAACAAUCAUCAUUACGACCUAAAUGGAGUCAGAUCCACGGGCCACUAAAUUGGAGAGCCCUUUCGACACCGUUCGAUCUAAACGACGACAGAACUGCGGGCCUCCACUAAAGCUUCAAUUGACUCAUGUUCUCAACUAAUAAAAGUGUAUUUUGUAGUAAAUUGUCUUUACUGUAUAUUAUAUUGUCUAUAAUACAUGAACCAGCCAAACAAUAUUUAAGGUGCUUAAUUAAAAUAGACAAAGCGUAACUUUAGCUUUUGUUUUCUUCAUAAGGAAAUAUCACUAUGGAAUAGUUUCCAAAAUUACUUCCUUCUUAAUAAAUAACAUAUUUAGGGCCGAUAAAAGAUGAAAUAAAAUUAGAAUAAAACCUAACAACUUGAAAUCGAUUUAAAACUUCUGUAGAAGAAUAUAAAAAAAGUCGAUCUGGUCAUCCCAAAACAUUUCUUAUUUCAAAUUGUUUACUUAAGGAUAUAGAUAAUCACUUCUUUUCGUCCAUAAAUCAGGAAUAGUAAAUAUUUGAGAAGAACGUUUCAGUUGGUCAGAUGAAGGUUUUUAUGCAGUAUCAACAAUAUAUUUAUGAAAACAACCAGACACUUGAACUUUAGCAUCCAAGUUGUAGAAUAAACAACAUUUAAAAAUUGUUAAUGUCUUAAUUUUUUUACCACUUCAAAAUUAUAGCAUGUUCAUGUUCUGUAAUGAAGUAUCUUUAAUAAAAGUAUAAUAAAAGUUUUCCCCCUCUAUUGUCAACGCUUCGAUACCAUGAACACAACUGAAAACAAAUUGGAAGAAUUCCAACAUCCAAUUAUCAGUAGUAGAUAUUCUAUCACAUUCAUUAAAUGGAACUUUCAGCCGGGACGACGACAAAUAAUUCUAAGCAAAGAUGGAUAAUGGCUAGCAGUGGAAUUCAAGACGGGCAUUUCGUCCUAUCUGGUACUCGUCAGCCGGAUGUACUUGCAUCUUAAAUAAUAACCAAGAGCGCUUUUCUGUUUGUUAAAUUUAGGGGAGAUAACGUUCCACAGAUCAUAAAAAAACCUAUAAUCUUUAAAGAAAUGUUAUAUUCCACUCAUCUUUGCAUUUAGUUUUCCAUUUGGUCUUCGACUUGUGGAUGUGUCAAAAACAAGCUCCUGUUUUGAUCAACGUCAAUGUGUUCACAAGUUUACUUGUUUUAGUGAAAGAGGUCAUUUCUUAAUCAUAAGCGAGCUCUCACUGAUCGCCACUCAAAUCACUACCUUACAGUCAAAAUCAGUAUAAAGGUGCAUUGGUAGCUUGAUUCUUGAACACCUCAUGAAUUGUGGUUACGUUUACCCACCGACAAAGUCUUUCAAAAUCAGUUUCAUCAAGUGCUUGAUCGAGGCUUAAAUACAUCAGUCGUUCGUGGAUCGAUAGGAAGAGUACCAACAUCGGGCAACUUCAGAUUGGUUACUGCUUCAGGACUUGCAGGUGGGGAUUUCGGAAGACCAAUGACAUCUGUCAGAGCUGCUGGGUAUUCAUCUAUGGGUCGGAGACUGAGUACGGGAAACCAAGGUUGGUUAGGUGGUCAAACUGUCCCAGCAACGGUUGAUGUCAGUGCUGUUCCCCCACUCGAAAGUAAACCAGAAGACAGUUCUGAAGAACGUAUCAAAAAUAUGGAAAAAAAAGUAGGUAUAUUGUUGAUUGUAUGUGAAUGUUUCAGGCAGAUACUGUAAACACUGAAACUUUUCCUAGUCAUUUUCACACUCCAAACUGACAAUUUACAAAUCAGAAACCUAUUCAAAAAAUUAAAAUAUUAUUCGAAUUGUUUAUUUACAAAUCACUUUGAGUGGUAAAUAUAACUUUUGAAAUAAAUCAAAAGUAAUAUCUAUGGGUUUUGAAGAUGAGCCAUGUUCGUUUUUUCGAACGCUACAUAAAAUGUAUAGGCUGAAUGCAACGGGAGUAACUUUAUCAAAAUUUGAAACUCAUUAUCAAUUACAACAUGAUGUCAGAUGCAGACAUCCUCUCAAGGUUUUUCGCAGUCAAUGGUAUCAGUGACUGUGGGCGUUGAGUGAUAUGGCUUAGGAUCGGUCUCAAUGGGCUUUGUGCAUUAGCUCGCUUUUAUUCUUCCGGUCUAAAGUUCCAGCAUUAUUUCAUGCUUGUCUUUCUUACUGUUCUUUUAAGUCUAAUCUCUUUCAUUACCAUUAGCGCUAUAUUUUUUAGAUCUCUUUCUCCAUAUGAAUUGUUAGUUUUGUCACGUUUUCCCGAUAUGAUGUGGCGUCAUGGACAAUCGCACAUCUUUACAGGGCCCUACCUUCAUUAUGACCUGCUAACUGACUGAAAUUAUGUUUAAUUAAAGAUGCAUGCUAUUUUAAAAUAUAAUCCAGUCGUAAAAUAUCCAAUUGAAGACCUUUUAUCCGCCUUGUAAGAAAGAAAGAUCGAGAUCUUGUGUAACAAUGAAUAUUUUUAGAGACCUAAAGCUGCCAUCUUUUUGUCUGCUACCAUUCCAAGGUCCUUCACCUUGCCUGUGGGUAAGACGCCAGAAAUAUUCGAAGGCGAGUAAAACUCGUUGAGAGUAUUUGAGCAAAGUUUAGACGGUGACCAGCACUAUAGUCUAUUACGCACAUUUUUUAUCAUUAGGAACCCUUCAGCUGUAUACAUCUACACCCUAGUAUUUGGUUUCUGUACGAACAAAGGGUCUAGCUAAUUCUAAUAUUUAUAGGGAAACAAGUUAUUCAUAGGCCACGGUAAGCCUACUUAGGCAGAAGAGACCCAUGUAAGCAAAACAUUACAUAUUUACCUACUAACUUUGUACAAACAAUGGCUAUAUUCUUAGGACAUUUUUUGCUGUCGCAAAUCAUACGUAUUUCGUCUUUACGUAAAGUCGUUUAUUCAGCACGACCGUUGACAAGUUUUUGCCUAUAUCAGUGAAAUGCUUCAACAAUAUAUUGUUCACACGGUAUUACACUUAUGCUAAAGUAUUCUAUAUAUCCUAUAAUACGGUUGAAACUUCCUAAUAAAUAAUGUAUCCGCCAUAGUAAAUACAUUCGUUACAAAGCAAAAUAUGAAUUGAAGCCAUUUCUGACUAAAAAUAUUCAAACAUGUCUGUGAAAAUUCAUUUUAAAAGUGUCUCAGAGUUAGAUUGAUCGUGACAGUCCGUUAUGAGGAGUAAAAGCUCUCUACGUUGACCUUUUAUUUCCCGAUGGUUUGUAAAAAUAUGACUUUAGCCUUUUUUCCUUUUGCCAGGUUAAUCACCUAAUUGAAGAAAGUUGUGUUGCUGCAUGUCAAGCAGAAAUCACUUUAGCAUUAGAAAAAGCUAAGGAAGCCAGUCGCAAAGAACGUGUACUUGCUAGACAACGAGAGCAACUUGGUGUCGCAGAUCAAAUCAACUUAGACUUAACGUAUUCAGUGCUAUUCAAUUUAGCUAAUCGUUAUACAGCAAAUGGAAUGUAUCAAGAAGCACUGAAUACUUAUCAAGCUAUUGUUCGAAAUAAAAUGUUUGCCCAUGCAGGUUUGAAUUCUUUUGAUCGUUGCGCUUUAAAGCCUACAUAUGCCAUUGGCAAAUUACCAUCUCAAAUUUUUGCUCACCAUUAGAUUUUUCUGCAUCAUAACAAAAACCUGUACUUAAGAGUGACUUAAUACUCUAAUCAAAAGUCAAUAUUACUGUAAAUUAUCUUCACUGACAGCUAUAAUUUUUCAUUAAUGUUUCCUUGACAUAACGAAACUCUUGUUUCGUGACAUUUGAAAGCAAGGAACGUCUACCAUUUUAAAAUAAACUACUUAUCUAAUAAACUUCAAACUGUGACAUGCCGCCUCAUUUUCAGAAGUAGAUUAAUAUCGAUUCAUGAUAGUUUUAUGCUAACAACUUCCUGUAUCAAAACAAAUUAUAAAAUAUAUGACAUAUUUAUUUAGCAGUUCAACAAUGUGAACUAUCAAGUUAGUCAAAACUCACUUAUUCAGCAUCAGCUUAUGAUGGCUUAAGAUUUUAUAUCACACUUAUUCUGUAUUUAGGUAAGUUAACUGAACAGGAUCAGCUACUUUGAGUCUAAACAAAACAUCUUGGUAUCUUGAAAUUACCAGAUAUUCUGGAAUGACUAUAAAUUAGUUAACAUCAGAGAACAAAGUCAUUUUGUAUUACACCAAGAUUUUUCACUGAACUGACGCUAAAAAUCGUAAAAUAGGAAAAAACGUUUUUCUAGUACUUGAUAAUACUAGUUUGGUCGUUUGAUAUGAAUUCAAGAUUAAUGUUGUUUCAAUCAUCGCCCAAUAAUCAACUUAACUUGUCUAUUUUUUAGGUCGACUCAAAGUAAAUAUGGGAAAUAUUUAUUAUAUUCAAAAGAAUUACUCAAAAGCUAUUAAAUUUUUUCGUAUGGGUCUAGAUCAGGUGCCUAAUACACAUAAAUUAAUGAGAAUAAAAAUUAUGCAGAAUAUUGGUAUAAGCUUUGUUAAACUUGGUCAAUUCAGUGAAGCCAUCACAGCAUUCGAGCAUAUUAUGCAAGAGGAACCGGAUACAAAAACUGGUUUUAAUUUAAUUGUUUGUUAUUUUAUCAAAGGAGAUCGUAAUAAAAUGAAAUAUGCAUUUCAGCAACUACUUCGAGUGGAUCUACACUUGGAUGACGAAGAUCGAUAUUUACAACACAAUGAUGAUAAGCAAUAUGAUUUGAUCUUGGAAGUGAUUCAAAAUGAUGAACUGCGUCAAUUUGAAAAGAAAAAGAAAGUUCAAGCAGAAAAUUUCAUUAAAUUGGCGGCCAAAAUAAUUUCCCCAGUAAUUGAAUCCAAUUUUUCUAUUGGGUAUGAUUGGUGUAUUGACCAAGUGAAAAUGUCCUCUUAUCAUGAAAUUGCACAUGAUUUAGAAAUUGAUAAAGCUGUGAUGUUUUUAAAACAAAAAGAUUUCCACCAGGCAAUUGUUACUCUGAAGUCGUUUGAAAGAAAAGAUACACGUGUUGCAUGUACAGCUGCUACAAAUUUAUCAUUUCUAUACUUUCUUGAAGGUGAUUUACUACAAGCUGAAAAGUAUGCAGAUCAAGCUUUAUCUGUUGAUCGAUAUAAUCCUGCAGCGCUUGUUAACAAAGGCAACGUUUUCUAUAAACAACAACAAUAUGAGAAAGCUCGAGAUUGUUACUUGGAAGCAUUGCAAGAUGAUACACAAUGUGUAGAAGCUUUAUAUAAUCUUGGUUUAGUAUGUAAACAAUUAGAAAGAUAUGAAGAAGCUCUUGAAGCCUUUUUCAAACUACAUUCUGUUCUAAGAAAUAGUGCACCAGUAGUUUAUCAGUUAAUGGACAUCUAUGAGAAAUUGGGAGAUCCUACGCAAGCACAGGAAUGGGCAAUGCAGUUACAUGGUAUGGUUCCAACUGAUCCUUUUCUUCUACAAAGAUUAGGUGAUAGAUAUGAACAGGAAGGUGAUAAAUCUCAAGCAUUUUCUUAUUAUUAUGAUUCAUUUAAAUAUUAUCCAUGUAAUUUUGACGUAAUUGAAUGGUUGGGAGCAUACUAUAUUGAAUCACAGUUCUGUGAAAAAGCUGUGGCUUAUUUUGAACGCGCUAGUUUAAUGCAACCGAAUCAAAUCAAAUGGCAGUUGAUGAUUGCUUCAUGUCAUCGACGAAGUGGUAAUUACCAACAAGCUUUAGAAACAUACCGUAUUAUCCACCGACGAUUUCCAGAGAAUAUUGAGUGUCUUCAAUUUCUUGUACGAUUAAGUUCUGAUAUGGAUUUACCUGAAGCUCAAGAUUAUAUAGCCAAAUUGAAACGUGCUGAAAAAUUGAAACAGGCUAGAGAACAACGUCGACUGUCAUCAAGUAACCGCCGAAGCUUUGGUCUAACAAAUACAUCCAGAACAACAGGUAGUCGUGAAAAUUCAGCCAGUGUUAGCAGUGGAGGUGAAAGUCGUGAAAGCAGUGCAAAUUACGACAAUCAUUACAAUGUCCAAUCAAAACAUGCACAUUCCAAAAAUAAUUCUUUUCGUCAAACUGAAGUCCGUAAAGAAACAUCUCUUAGUAGGAAUAUAGACAAUGAAUAUAUUAAAUAUAACGAUCCACUGGGACCAAGUGUCGAAAGACCGAGAACAGCAGCACGUACUCGACCAAUUCAAGAUGAUUUUGCAGACGAAGAAGUUGAUGAAAACCUGUUACCAGAUUAAUUGUUAAUUUUUUUAAGAAACCAGAUAAAAGUCAUAAAUAGUUUCAAUAUUAUAGUUUACUCUCUCGCUAUCAAGUGAUUUUGUAUAGCUUCUUCUGUAAUAAAACACUUCUCAAUACACUGUAAUCAGUGGAUAUUCAUCUAAAUAAUAAGUCAAACCAAUCUUACAUCAUAACUCGUGUUUCUCAUACAUUACAUAAAAUAUUUAUGUAUUUGUAAGCAUACAAAAUCACAAUGAAUGGCUGAAAGGCUUACAAAUUCAUUUGACGCAACUUUUCUGUCAUUAUCAUUUUUGUUUUAGUUAUCGCGUGUAAAUUUCUUAUCAGUAUUGAAACAAGCGAGCACAG